GCAGCGCUGACUGCGCAACCGAGAUGACGAUGAUGACGAUGACGAUGACAUGUUUGACGAGUCGUCAUUUUCCUUCAUGUCGAACGCAAACGACAGGCAACGACAACAAGCACGCACAGACUGACAGCACUUACGGCAACCAAACAACUCGACAGACAGGCAGACAGACAGACAGACACCUGUUCACAGUCAGAUACAGGGCGUACAGCGAGCAGCUAAGACGAAGAUGGAUGGUGAGAAGCAGCAACUGCUGUGGAGGGACGCGCCGAGCAAGAGCGCAAACGCAAAGCAGAAGGAAAAGGAGAGGCAGGAGUUGGUGGAGAAGACAGACUUCCUGUCCAUUGGAACCCAUUGCUGCGUCAAGACAUGCAAGCAGCUCGACUUUUUGCCUUACACCUGUCAUCGAUGCAAGGCAGUCACCUGCCACGACCACCGCAACGACCACAACUGCGCCAACCCCAUCCACGACAAACAAGUACCGCGCUGCCCCGUGUGCAGUCAGUAUUUGGUGAAUGCUGUAAAGGACAAGCAAACCGGAAAGCCGAUGAGCGUGGACGCCAUUGUUGACAAGCACAUUGCUUCCGGAUGCAAGAGCCAUUUGCUGGAGGCGGCAGAGAAGAAAAAGGCGCAGAGGACACCCAGGUGCCGUGCCAAGGGCUGCAAGCAGGCCCUGCAGUUCCCCAUUGCCUGCCGCACGUGCCACCAGCACUACUGCGCCAAGCAUCGCUUCCCCGAGGACCACAGCUGCAGCACCGUCCAGCAGCAGCAACGCCAGCAGCAGCGCCAACGACCACAGCCACGCCACCCAACAGCGUGCGGAACUGCGGCGGCGUCCCGCGUCCGCGAGAGCUGGCUGGCGCGCUUUGCAGGUUUUGGCCGCGCGUCUUGAAGAUGAUGCCGACAGGCGGGAGGAGGCGAAGGAUAUGAGAGGGCGGAUAUGGAAGGAGGGGAUCAUAGAGGAGGAUGUUGGUGUGUUUUGAAGACGUGAAUAUGAUUAUCGCCAUGGUGCAUUGUUGCUGGAUCGCGGUGCUGAUGACGACAACGACUCGGUGGACAUGUGAUAGAUGAGGAAGAAAUAACCGACUGAUGAUGUUGACAGCAUUACGUCCAUCUUGCUUGCUUUUGUUGUGGUUGUAUUAAAGCCUCGACACAAGACACACACGGAUACAGAACACACACGCACAACACGCAACACACAAAGUGCAAACACAC